GUUGUUUUCUUUUCUUCCUCUCCCCUUCCCUUUCUGGCGCGAGCGGCCCGAUUUCUACCACACGCUCGUACCCUUCACAACUCUCGCUGCAACAGAGACUAUAAAAGGUGAAGGAGGACGCGCUCCCUCGCUCUCCGCCAGAACCCCUCUUAUCAUCAGAUUCAUGGCUUCCGUCUCUCUGCCUCACCUUUCCUACGCCCCCAUCGACCACGCCAGCCAUAACCCUAGCCAUCUCCUCCUCAGAGUCGCCCCACCAUCCCCAAGCCCCAGAAAUUUUCUAAGUCCGCCUCACCAGAAGCGCCUCUGCGCUGCCUCUAGGCUCUCCGGUUUCCCGUCCUGCCGGUGCGCCGGCCGAACGAACGAUCAGCCAUUGGAUUCCUCGUCUUCUGGCGGGGAGUUCGGAUGGCAUUUGUCGGAUAAGCAGCUGCGGGACAUCGCGGGGAAGGUGGCCGACCCGUUCGUACAGGCGGCGAGGAGCGCGGGGAAGCGGUUCCAGGAUUACUUGAAUUCGUACAGGGGCGGGACCGAGAAGGCGGAGGAGGUAGCUGUGCCGGAGUUGGAGGAGGAAGUGCAAUGGGAUUGGGAUAGGUGGAAGCGGCAUUUCGCGGAGGUGGAAGAGCAAGAGCGGAUGGUUUCUGUGCUGAAGGCACAGCUCAGAGAUGCAGUUCAGAGAGAGGAUUAUGACGAGGCAGCUAAGCUGAAGGUGGCAAUUGCCGCAGCGGCAACUAAUGAUACUGUUGGAAAAGUGGUAUCUCAUUUCAAUAGAGCGGUAAAGGAAGAACGUUAUGAGGAUGCAGCUUUUAUUCGAGACGAAGCUGGUGCUGGAUUGUUAGGUUGGUGGUUUGGCAUAUCAGAAAAUUCAUCUGAUCCCUAUGGUCGAAUUAUCCAUAUAACUGCUGCACAUGGUCGAUACCUUGCCAAAAGCUACAGUUCACGGCAAUUGGCUACUGCUUCACCGGGCAUUCCGUUAUUUGAAAUAUAUGUUACUGUUAAUACCAAAGGAGAAUACUUGCAGCAGGCAGUCUACUUGAAGAAGAAUAGAGACAAUGGCUUGGAUUUCCCAGCCAUGCCUUCUAAGUCAAUGGAUGAUGGUGACAUAGACUUGACGAUUAAUUCGGCUGAAGAAAAAGAAAUAAAAAGUGCAGAAUCUCAAGAGGAAGGUGAUGAUGUCGAAAAUAAGGAUGACAAUGACAUUGAUGUAACUGAAGGAUUAACGGGUGUGCUCAAUAUCCUACGAGACAUGAUACCUGGUGCAAAGAUCAAGGUUUUGAAAGUUGUUGCGCCUGGAAAAGUUGAUAAGGAUUUGAUCUCCAAGGUGUUUGAACAGAUAAUAGAAGAGGAGGAUGAAGAAGAAAAGGACAUGGAAUUGACACCUGCUGGGUCAUCUGAUGAGGUAAAUAUGGAGAGUGGACAAGAUGAGUCUCAAAGUGCAGGAAGCAACGAUAGUGCUGAAGAUGAAAACCAGAUUGCAGUGAAACUAGUGAUUGGUGGACUUGUUCGGAAACUGUCAACUAGCAAGCCUAGUGCCCCAACUCGAAUGCCAGCCAAGCUUGAAAGAAGAAACCGAUUAUCUUUUCUGUUUCACAUAGAGAAGGAUGAAAGUGAACAAGAAAUUGGUGCAUCUGUAGGGAAAAGUGUAAAACGUCCUGCACGUCGACGUAUUGGGCUGGUUACAUCAGACUUUGCAAAGGUCCUUGCAAGAGGGGACAAGGUUCCUGGGAAGGUUCUUAAGGACGUUGGGGAUUUUAUAAACUUUGCCUUGAGCCAAUUCCACAAUCGGCAAGCUCUAUCUGGUAGCACAGUUUUUCAUCGCAUAGAAAUACCAACAACGCGAGAUCCACUGAAUGGUCUAUAUGUUGGUGCACAUGGUCCUUACAGUUCGGAAGUUAUUCAUCUGAGACGCAGAUUUGGUCAAUGGAGAGAAGAUGGCGAAGAUCCGAAGUCUCAAAAUCUUGAAUUCUAUGAAUAUGUUGAGGCUUUGAAAAUAACUGGAGAUCCUUAUGUUCCAGCUGGUCAGGUUGCAUUUCGUGCAAAAGUUGGCAAACACAAUCAGUUACCACAUAAGGGGAUUAUUCCAGAAGAAUUUGGAGUGGUUGCUCGUUACAAAGGUCAAGGUCGGCUUGCAGAACCUGGUUUCAGGAAUCCCAGGUGGGUUGAUGGUGAGCUUGUCAUUCUCGAUGGAAAGUACAUAAAGGCUGGUCCUGUGGUGGGUUUCGUGUAUUGGGCCCCAGAAUACCAUUUCCUGGUGUUCUUCAACCGGCUGAGGCUUGAAGACUGAAUUUCAUUAUCUUGCUCGUUUACAUGGAUGAAGGCUGAACUGUUUAUUUCAAGAAGCAUCAGCAGUUCCUUCACCCUUGAUGUUAGUGUUGAUUACUUCCUUGCCUGCUAACUGUACAUUGAAGGUGGACUUCGCACUGAUGAGUCAAGGAUCACCAAAAUGCAUCUCAUUGCGCCAAGGGUUUCUUCUAGCAUCAACUUUUUCAGAAGUUUUGCCGCAGGCUAUAUUGUACAUAGCUUCCCCCUGCAUAUGAGAAAGCAAAGAUUGUAGGCUCCCUUGUUGUAAUUUUGCUCUUAUUUUUUAAUGAAUUUCUAGAUUGCAGUAUGCAUCUAUUAUUUUUC